GACGACAUCACACAACGCCGCACCCACUCCAGCCCUGUUGUAUUAGAUAACAUCUUUGCCAUCCAGCUGAAUGAUUAUUUUCAUAAACUUUGUACGGACCUAAAUUACAUUGCACCAGUAGAUGUGGUUAUCGGGAGCGAAGUACUGGAGAGGCUUGUUUGGAAAAGUCUUAGCAACAUCACGCAAACGGUUACGGGUCCUGAUGGCAUCCCUUUUUGGGUUUGGAAGGAACAUGCUGAGAUUUUAACACCAAUUCUCAGUCAUAUUUGGGAUUUGCCUCUACACACACACACCUGA